UUUAACUGUCAAGCCCAGAGAGAGAGAGAUACCAUCAUCCAAGGUCUGGAGUCAUUUGGCAGGUCCACCUGUAUCCGCUUCGUCCCCUUGAACAGACAAAGAGACUUUGUGGACAUCCAAUCUCGAUCGGGGUGUUACUCAUUUGUCGGGCGUCGGGGUUCUGGCCAGAUAGUGUCUUUGAGUCGCCAGGGCUGUGUCUUUGAGUCAGUCAUCCAACACGAGCUACUGCACGCCCUGGGCUUCAACCAUGAACAGACCCGGUCUGACAGGGACGAACAUGUUCGCAUCCUGCUGGAGAAUGUUAUUCCUG